AGAAGGCAUUGUCAUGUAAUGAAGUGGAUCUGCGCACUUCUUGCGCUGCUAUCGUGGUAUUUUGGGUAUAAUUCCCCACGCUGUCUGGGUGGAGAUCCACGCCACGGAAAAGUGAGUGCUUAGAUACAUCACUGGCAGUGAAUAAGGAGGCCAUUCUCCUCGAAUAUCUUUUCUCGGUGAGGGGUGAGGGUCGGCUGCUGUGGUUUUUGUUCCUGCACAACGCAUCAAGCUCCUGCAUGACCACAGAAGUGAGACCCUCCAGACCACACAAUGUCCUCCCCUCAAGAUCGCAGGUCCCCCGGAGGUAGAGGAAGAGGGGUCUCCCCUGGACUCCCCACCACGAAAAAGCCUGGAAAGAAGGGACAGCCGUCACCUCAGGGGGGCCCCAGCCUCCAGGAAGUGAAGAAGAGGGGCCACCGCAUACGGAAAACCCCCGAGAGGGACAUUUCUCACCAGCUGGAUGGACUGGACCUGAAUAAGGAGUCUCCUGCGGAGGGCACGGGUCUGGUGUAUGAUGACCGGAUGACGCAAUUCUUCUGCCUCUGGGAUGACAAGUUUCCUGAGUGUCCCUCUCGUCUUCUGGCUGUGAAGGAGAAGCUGGUGGAGUACGGGCUGCUGGAGCGCUGCGUGGCGGUGACGGCGCGGGAGGCGUCAGAGGAGGAGCUCCUGCUGGUCCACAGCCCAGACUACGUAGAGUUAAUGAAAUCGACGCAGAAGAUGACAGAGGAAGAGCUGCGAGCGCUGUCAGAGAAGUAUGACUCUGUCUACCUGCAUCCGAUGUCCUUCACGGCUUCCUGUGUGGCCGCCGGUUCUGUACUACAAUUGGUGGAUAAGGUUAUGAGAGGGGAGGUCCGGAACGGGCUGGCAGUGGUCAGGCCCCCCGGGCACCACGCUUACACUGACCAGAUGAACGGUUACUGCAUGUUCAACCAACUCGCCAUCGCCGCCAGAUAUGCCCAGCACCAGCACGGUGUACGGCGGGUUCUCAUCGUGGACUGGGAUGUCCAUCAUGGACAAGGCACACAGUUCAUAUUUGAGCACGAUCCAAGUGUCCUUUAUUUUUCCAUCCAUCGCUAUGAAAAUGGAGAGUUCUGGCCUCACCUGGUGGAGUCGUCCAGUGCUGCUGUAGGGAAGGAGAGGGGCAAACAAUAUAAUAUAAAUGUGCCCUGGAAUAAGACGGGAAUGAGCGAUGCGGAUUAUAUCACCACCUUCCUGCACCUCCUCCUGCCCAUCGCCUAUGAGUUCCAGCCUCAGCUCGUGUUGGUGGCAGCAGGAUAUGACUCGGUGAUCGGAGACCCUAAGGGGGAGAUGUCUGCUACCCCAGCAUGCUUUGCACACCUUACCCACUUGCUCAUGUGCCUGGCUGAGGGAAGACUCGUGCUCGCUCUGGAGGGAGGUUACAACAUGCGCUCCCUGGCUGAAGGUUCCUGCGCCUCUGUGAAGAUUCUGCUCGGAGACCCAUGCCCGAUGUUGCACCAGCCUUUCACACCCUGUGAGAGCGCUCUGGAUUCCAUCUCCGGCGCCAUAUACGUCCACAGGAAAUACUGGAGGUGUCUGCAGGACCAGGAUUUUACCAUAAAGCUCGAGACCGUCAGUGGGAAAGUGACAGCAGGGGAAAAGAGCGUCGGGCCCCUCCGCGAGGAGUCAGAAGAAAACAUCAUGAAGGACGCGGUGCGGGAGGCAGUGAGGAAAUUAGCGGAGAAGCGCACCGGCCUGGUGUAUAAUGAGCAGAUGAUGGAGCAUUAUAACUUGUGGGACAGCGGUCACCCCGAGCUCCCGCAGAGAAUCGCUCGGAUAUUCAAGCGGCACAAGGAGAUGGGGCUGGUAGACCGCUGCACCCGUCUUCCCCAUCGCCUGGCGACUACUAAGGAGCUGCAGAUGUGUCAUAGUCUCUCCUACAUUGAGAAGAUUGAAGGAAGCUCCCGAAUGAAACCACGAGACCUGCACAGGAUGGGCUCCGAGUACAACUCCAUUUACAUCAACAACCGGUCCUAUCACAGCGCGCUCCUGGCUGCCGGAUCUACAUUCAGUGUGGUGGAGGCUGUGCUGAAGGGGGAGGUCCAGAAUGGAGUUUGCAUAGUCCGCCCUCCAGGUCACCAUGCAGAGCCGGGUGAAGCCUGCGGGUUUUGCUUCUUUAACAAUGUCGCCUUGGCUGCGCGGUACGCCCAGAGUCUGCAGAGCCCGUCUGAACCUCCGCUAAGGGUGAUGAUUUUGGACUGGGAUAUCCACCAUGGGAACGGGACGCAGCACAUCUUCCAGGACGAUCCAAGCGUCCUCUACGUGUCUCUCCAUCGCUAUGACGACGGCCUCUUCUUCCCGUCCUCUGAGGAUGCCGCACAUGACAAGGUUGGGAGCGGUCGGGGCGAAGGAUUCAAUGUGAACAUCCCCUGGAACGGUGCGAAAAUGGGAGAUGUGGAGUACCUCCUCGCCUUCCACCGAAUCGUGAUGCCCAUCGCCUACGAGUUCAACCCACAACUUGUUUUGGUGUCUGCCGGAUUUGAUGCCGCUCGUGGUGACCCGCUCGGAGGCUGCCGCAUCAGCCCGGAAGGCUACGCCCACAUGACGCAUCUCCUGAUGGGACUGGCAGGGGGCAAGAUAGUGGUGGUGCUGGAGGGUGGAUACAACCUAACGUCCAUCUCGGACUCCAUGUCCAUGUGUACCCGCACGCUGCUGGGUGAUCCACCGCCCAUCUUAUCUGACCUGCACGCCCCGCGCCCGGCAGCCGUACGUGUUAUCUCCAGCGUUCUACAAGUACAUCAGAAAUAUUGGCGCAGCCUGCGGAUAAACACCGGACCUGCUGUAGAAUCUGAGAUGGUAAAAGACCUUCUGUUCUCCCCACACAAGACGGAGCCAAGUAAGGAAUCAGGAUUAUCAUCACCCAAAAACAGAAGUCCUGGGAGGCAGAUCGUCUCGACACCAAGGAAACAUGAAGACGGUGUGACACCUGAGAACGAGGGUGUGCAGCAGAGACUAUCACCAAUGACUGUGCAGAAUGCAGAAGGUGACUCUCCUGGAGGAAGGACGGCCAUGAUCCAGGAUGUAGAGGACAGUAUGAAGCACCCCUCCAUAUUACAGAACCCUGGAGGAGACUUGGUUAUGUCAGAAGGUGACUCUCCUAGAGGAAGGACGGCCAUGAUCCAGGAUGUAGAGGACAGUAUGGAGCACCCCUCCGUAUUACAGAACCCUGGAGGAGACUUGGUUAUGUCAGAAGGUGACUCUCCUAGAGGAAGGACGGCCAUGAUCCAGGAUGUAGAGGACAGUAUGAAGCACCCCUCCGUAUUACAGAACCCCGGAGGAGACUUGGUUAUGUCAGGUGACUCUCCUAGAGGAAGGACGGCCAUGAUCCAGGAUGUAGAGGACAGUAUGAAGCACCCCUCCGUAUUACAGAACCCCGGAGGAGACUUGGUUAUGUCAGGUGACUCUCCUAGAGGAAGGACGGCCAUGAUCCAGGAUGUAGAGGACAGUAUGGAGCACCCCUCCGUAUUACAGAACCCAGGAGGAGACUUGGUUAUGUCAGGUGACUCUCCUAGAGGAAGGACGGCCAUGAUCCAGGAUGUAGAGGACAGUAUGGAGCACCCCUCCAUAUUACAGAACCCCGGAGGAGACUUGGUUAUGUCAGGUGACUCUCCUAGAGGAAGGACGGCCAUGAUCCAGGAUGUAGAGGACAGUAUGGAGCACCCCUCCAUAUUACAGAAUCCCGGUGGAGACUUGGUUAUGUCAGGUGACUCUCCUAGAGGAAGGACGGCCAUGAAGGAAGAGUCCUUCUCCAGUCCUGCAUCUCAGGAGGAAGGAGGAUUGUACCACGAGGACAGUUGUGUAAAGCCGGAUCAGUCCUAUGAAGGAGAAUCGCUGGAGCUGGUCAUCGAGCUGCAGGUGACGGACAAGACCCCAGAGAAGGAGAGGUCUAAGCCGGAGGAGACCAGCUCGGUGGAGGAGCUUCUGAGAGACCUGCACUUGGGAGACGAUACAAAGUCUGUAGACAUCGGGUCUCCUGACAGCAAGCCAGUGGGGGGAGCGAGGAAGAAGACCUCCAUGGGGAGACAGUCAGGCGGAGCACAGUACACAGAGUCGCCUGCAGAAGCCGCUGGGGGUGAUCCUUUGUCCUCAUAUGAAGCGGACAUGGACCCAUCACUCGUAUUCUCUGGGGAGUUAUUUAGUGUAACACCCUUGCCCUGGUGUCCUCACUUAGAGUCGGUACGGGCGUUGCCUUGUGGUGGAGCGGAUGUGACGGAGCCCUGCGCAGAGUGCGGCACCCUGGUGGAGAACUGGCUCUGUCUGACAUGUUACCAGGUCCUGUGCGGUAGAUACGUCUCGCAGCACAUGAUGUGUCACGGCGUGUCUUGCGGCCAUAAUAUCGUCCUGAGUUUCUCGGACCUCUCUGUGUGGUGCUAUAGCUGUGACGCCUACGUUCACAACGAGGUUCUUAUUCCGGCAAAGCAGUCGGCUUACCGCUCCAAGUUUGGCGAGGAAAUGCCCGGGAUUUAAAAUAUUCCGGACAGCAGGAGCCAAGGGGGAGCGGCAGAAGAUUUUAUCACCAUAACUGGACAGAGGGGGCGCUAGAACCGCAGAUCAAUGUAUAAUACAACACUGCAGCUGUCAAUCACCUGAUCCCCUUAUUUUUGUAUUUAUGACCCCACCCCCUCUUAUUAACCCUUUACAGAAGAUCUGGAGUCCCCCCCCCCUCCCCCACGUAUCCGAAAUACUGACAAGUUGCCUCCAGCUGUAGAAGGAAACGUUCCGCAAUUGUCUAAUAUACGUUAUUAGAGGUGAGCAAACUUACAGUAAAU